AUGGAGAAGGUGCCUUUCAAAGUAAAGGCGCUCUACGAGUAUAAAUCUGAGCACGAGGAUGAUUUGAACUUCGCCCCAGGUACCAUUAUCACGGUGACCGAGGUGGAAGACGACGAAUGGUAUUCCGGCUUUCAUGGUGCUGAAAGCGGUAUGUUUCCCAAGAACUUCGUGGAGCCCGUGAAGGAGGAUCCUCCUGCUCCGACCAUUGCCAAACAGUCGGAACCUGCUCCUGUUCCUGUUGUUCCCCAGGAAACUUCAGCACCGCCCACCAGUGAACCAAAGGAGCCAAUUGCGUCUUCCCCGCCAGUGGCAAAGGAAGAGAGCUCUAAAGUACCUAAACCAACCGUUUUCCCAGGUCCUGGUCUGCAAAGAGACGACCCUUACGCUGUGAAGAAACUGUUCGCUGGCGCUGGUAAAUCAUCCUAUGUUCCCCAGGUCAAGCCUAGAGACCAAGCCAAUAUCGUUGGUCACGCUCAUCAUGAUGUUGCCAAAGGUGCUGAAGUUGUCAGAGAACAUGAUAAGCAACUGGAUGAAGAGGAAGCUGACGAGCCUAAAGUAAGCUUGAAAGACCGUAUCGCCAUGCUACAGAAGAGGCAGCAAGAAGAGGCUGAAAGAGAAGCAGCUGCUUUGAAGCGUAAGGAGGAGCGCAAGAAGAAGUUAGAAGAAGAGAAAGAACGCUUGAAGCAUCAAAAGGAAUCGCAGGCUGCCCUGCUUUCUGCUACUAGUACUGGUGCUUCCCUAGGCCAAGCCUCUGAGCACGAUGGUGACGACACUGAGUCUUUGGCUGAAAGCGUCCCUCCUGUUCCAGGCCAUAUCCCUCCUGAAGCUGCGCCAAGUAUUCCAGAAGAGUACGAGGAGCAGGAAACGCCAGUUGAAGAGGAACGCGAGGAAGAAGAUGAGGACGAUAAUGAGGAAGAUGAGGAGGACGAGGAAGAGCUCAAAAGACGCCGUUUGGUUGAGAGAAUGGCCAAGAUCUCCGGUGGUCGUAAUAUGUUUGGUAUGAUGGGUAUGCCAACGCCGUUUGGCGCUCCCGCUGCUUCUUCUUCUUCAAAGCCAAAAAAGUCCAAGGCGAAGCCACAGGAAGAUGAAGCUGAAGUUCCUGCGGUGCCUCAACGAGUCGAAAAGACACAAACUGGAGAGAGUAUUCCUCAAGUGCCAGGUGCUGUUCCAAUUCCUGGUAUGGCCCAGCCCGGCUCCUCACCUGUCAAGCAGCCCCAAGAAAAGCCCGUAAACAAUGCUACAGCUUCACUUAAAAAGCCCACACAGGAGGACUCUUCGAUCGCCGAAUCAGACUAUACCGACGAACAAAAUGUACCUGUUACCAAUGAGAACAAGGGCUUCGAACAAGUUGAGGAGAAUAAACCCAAAUCGCCAACCUUAGAGCUGUCUGAAAGUGAACCAGAGCAGAAUGAGCGAGACGAUGAUAUGGACCUCGGACCUCGUUCCACAUGGGAAGGUGAAGUUACUGGCUAUGAGGCCGAUGAAGACGUUUCAGAUCGUGGAGCUAUUUCAAAAACCGAGUUGCCAGAGACCGACCAUCCUAAGCUGCCUGCCAAACAGGCCGUGCCACCUCCAAUUCCAGGUGGACCACCACCUGGUGAAGCUCCUGCGGCUCCUGAAAUUCCAUCCGGCCAACCACCCGUUCCCAAAAGUCCAAAUCGCUCUAAGGCCCCUCCUCCAAUUCCCAGUGCAGCACCUCCAUCGGAACCACCUGCAAGUAGUGCUCCACUGAUUCCACCGCCUGUACCUCUGGAGGCCCCUCUUCCUCCAGUUGAACGUCCUGAAGUGCCAAGCUCAGAUCCGCCAGUGCCUUCUCGUCCUCCACCAACUCCGAGAGACGCUCCUGCUCCACCUACGACUAAGCUUCCACCACCACCUCCAAUUCCAUCAGGUCCUCCACCUGUUCAAGCUCCAGAGGUGGAGGAAGACUCAUCAGAAGACGAAAACGAGUUCAGAGAUCUUCCUCCUCAGCCUGCUAAAGCACCGGAAAGAGUUCUGACAUUUUCACACCCACCACCCAUUCCUCAGGCGCCAAUCACGAGGGCAAACACUACUGAAUCCAGCAGAAGGUCGUUCGAGUCGCACAAGAGAAAGUCUUCAGACUUGUCUCGCUCGAGGUCAGUAGGUAAGAGCGAACAGCUCCAAGCUGACAUUAAUUUACCGGUCUUACAAGACGAGAUCAACAACCUGGCUGAAAGUUCUGGCUGGUGGAUUAAAGAUGCAGUUCCAGAUUGCUUGGAGGGCAGUGUUGGUACUGAUUUCAUUUUCGAAGUGGAUCGCCACAAGUCGAACAAAAGAGGUGGAAGAGAAGUUGUUUACAAAGACUACUAUAUUUUGUUCCAUGACUUGUCCCAAAUUGUUGUGGAGCUCCAGUACGAUAGCGAUGAUCCUAGAACAACGCUUAGUGUCUGCAAUGCUUACGUGAAGUCACCAAUAAUGAACAGGAGGGACGUUCUUGACAAGUACCAUGCCCUGUUUGGGCCUGCUGUGGUUGAUGCUGCUCAAAGCCUUGCAAACUCACGUGUUAGCAAUGGAUUUGUGAACACGGUAUUCAAGCAUGUUAACCAUGCUUAUAAGGACGUUUUAUUGAGCCCUAUCGGAAACAAAGCUUUUGGUGUUACUGUGUACAAAAACCAGAAUGGUACUUCUGUGAAAUACGAUGAUAUCAAGGCUGGUGAUAUUUUGUGCAUGAAGAAUGCCAAAUUCACUACUCAUGGCCUUGGUGGAUUGAGUACUAAAACUGCUGUCUACGGAGAGGGCAACCACUUCUACAGUGGAGUCAUUGUUGAAAUUGACCAUAAAAAAGAUAAACUCAGGGUACUUGAUUCAGAUGAUUCAGGAGCUGUCAAGAAGGAGUCUUUCAAAAUUAAUGACUUGAAAUCUGGAAGAUUACGUGUUUUCCGUUUUGUCGACAGACAGUUUGUUGGAUGGUGA